CCCGGGUGUUCUAGGUCUGUCCGGAAGCUGCCCUCUAGGCUGGAAGGAUGGCUUUGAAGCGUAUCAAUAAGUCCGAUAGUGCUUAUGAGGGCGGCGUUUUUUUUCUGAAGAUUGUGUUCCCUACAGAUUAUCCGUUCAAGCCCCCGAAGGUGAGCUUCAACACGAAGAUUUAUCACCCCAACAUUAACGGGAACGGAAGCAUAUGCUUAGAUAUACUUCGUAGCCAAUGGUCCCCGGCCCUAACUAUAUCGAAAGUUUUGCUCUCCAUCUGUUCGCUGCUCACGGAUCCUAACCCGGAUGAUCCCCUCUGUCCAGAUAUCGCACGUCAGUAUAAGAGUGAUCGGAAAAGGUAUGAGGAAAUUGCACGAGAGUGGACGCAGAAAUACGCCAUGUGGAUUACGCUAGUAGAUAAAAAAGAAAGAAAGCGUUCAGCUGUAGCACCCUUCCCGUGCCUAGCUGCCAUGCCACCCGAAGGGAGCACGAGGGCUGGGAUACUGCCAGGUUGCCCAAGCCUAGACAGGGAUGCUAAUAGAUAA